UGGAAAAAUUAUCCAUAGAUGGAAACUAUAGCAAAGAGUGCAUACCAGCUUCAUUCAGCGGUGACAAAAUCGGUGUUUAUCGUUUCCCUAAUGACAAUUGCAAAAUAUUCUGCAUUACUGGAACCAACAGUAAAUAUUUUGCAAACGAAAGCAAUUGAUAUGAUUGCAGUAGGUGAGCAUAUUGAAAAAAUUAUUGAGGUAAUUGAAAACGAUCGUAACAAUGCAGAGCAAGUAACGAAUGAACUCCUUGCACAAGCGCGAAGAGUUGCAACUGCGCUAGAUAUAGAACUAUCUUUACCGCGUUUAGAUGUAAAACAAAAACAUAAAAGCAAUCCUCCAUCAAACAACGAAGAUGAGUACUGGCGACGCUGUAUUGUGAUUCCAUAUCUUGACUCCUUAACAGCUUCGUUUAAAAUAAGAUUUGCCCGUAAAAAACUCCAGCAUUUGCGCUAUCUCGGUUACAUCCAUUGUAUGUGCUCAAAAGUUCAAUUGAAGCCGUUUUUGAAAACUCGAAACUAUUCGAAAAGCAUUACAAUUUAGAUGUCAGCAAUGAAUUGAAACUUUGGUACAAUUUAUGGAAAAAUAAAAAUUUAUCAGAAAUGGAAUUAAGAGAAAUUGAAGUUGUUGAAUUGAUCAAACAGGCAGAUGAAUUUUACCCUUCAAUUCGAAAAACUCCCAAAAUAUUAUGUACAUUACCAUGCACUACAGCAACGGUGGAGCGUUCAUUUAGUACGCUAAGGAGAGUUAAAACUUGGCUUCGGAGCACGAUGGGAGAAGAGACACUGUCUGGAUUAUGUCUGAUGAGCGUGCAUCGCACAUUUGUGAAAGAACAUCAACAGCUCAUUGAAGAAAAAAUCAUCAAUAAAUUUUCAGAAAAUCCUCUAUAUAUAUAUAUUCGUCUACUAUUUGCAUAAAAAUUUGUAAGUUAAAAAACAAAAAUUUGAAAUUAAUACCUUGAAACUUUUCCAUGAAAUUCGCAUGUUAUUAUCAUAUCUCGUAAAUGAAAAGAGCUAUAGAAAAAAUGUACAUGACAAACUUGUAGGAAAUUUUACUUGCUACAAAAAACGUCCGCGCGCAAAAUCUCUAUCAUUAAUACUUCCAAUAGAAGUA